UGGCCGCUGUAGAGAGUCGCUUCCCCCGUUAUUUUAUCCCCUCCUCUUGGCGGAAAUGGUCCGCCUGCUUGGAUUCCACUUAAGAAAGAGAAACCACCGGAAAGGAAGGGAAAAAAAUGAAUAAGAAUCGCCCUCUCUUUCUCCCUCUCCUCCGCUCGUGAAUUCUCCCGGAAAAUCCCGUCGUUUCCCGAGAAAAUGCCCGAGCUGGAGGACGCCGCCGCCCCCGCCGCACCGGCCGCGGCGGCCCGACGAGUCCGCCGCCCGACGACGCGGCGGCGGCGGCGGCGGCCGGGGCGGGGGGCCCGGGGGAGUCCAUCAUGGACCUGGACCUCGACGUCUACAGUCCCUGGCCACUGAUGGAUCAUCAGCUCCACUUCGCCGCGUCUCCCCUCUUUCUGUCCGUCUCCGACCAGCCCGGCUCGCCUCUCUGCGCCUUCUCCUGCGGAUCCGAGGACAAGCUCGCCGCCGCCGCCGCAGGGGUCCGCCUCUCCGAUUGCUCCCGGUUUGUCGCAUAUCAUCACAAUUCAGAGACCGAAGCCUCCGCUGAAGAUAGCCAUCGCGAAAAGCUGCCAUCACCAUAUUUGGGGCUGACGGCAUUUGAAAAUCCUGAUGGAUACUUUAUCAUCAAAGAAAGGAUGACCCAGGCUCUUCGUGACUUCAGAGAAUCAACUGAACAGCUCGUUCUUGCUCAGGUUUGGGCACCAGUAAAGAAUGGUGGUCGGUACGUCCUUACGACUUCAGGGCAGCCCUUCGUUCUUGGUCCAAAUACUAAUGGGCUUCACCAGUACAGAAUGGUGUCUAUGAUGUAUUUGUUUUCUGCGGAUUGGGUGAAUGAUGGAGAACUGGGACUUCCUGGUCGUGUUUUCCGGCAAAAGCUGCCUGAAUGGACUCCUAAUGUACAAUACUACACCAGGAAAGAAUAUUUGAGGCAUGAUCAUGCUCUUCAUAAUAAUGUUCAGGGAACCUUGGCUUUGCCCGUCUUUGAACCAUCAGGCCAAUCUUGUGUUGCUGUUCUUGAACUCAUUAUGACUUCACAGCGGAUUAACUAUGCACCGGUGGUUGAUAAAGUCUGCAAAGCACUUGAGGCAGUGAACUUGAAAAGUUCUGAAAUCCUGGAUCAUCCAAGCACACAGAUAUGCAAUGAAGGGCGGCAUAAUGCAUUGGCUGAAAUUUUGGAGAUACUGACAGUCACAUGCGAAACCCACAAGCUACCUCUGGCUCAAACCUGGGUCCCAUGUCAGCAUCGCAGUGUUCUGGCUAAUGGCGGUGGCCUGAAAAAGAGUUGUUCUAGUAUUGAUGGUAGCUGCAUGGCACAAGUCUGCAUGUCCACAACUGAUGUGGCAUUUUAUGUUGUAGAUGCUCAUAUGUGGGGCUUUCGGGAAGCUUGUGUUGAGCAUCACUUACAAAAGGGUCAGGGGGUCGCUGGGAGGGCUUUCUUGUCCCAGAGCUCUUGCUUCUCCAAAGACAUCACCCAAUUUUGCAAAUCCGAGUACCCUUUAGUGCAUUAUGCACGAAUGUUUGGGUUAACCAGUUGUUUUGCAAUCUGCUUACGAAGUAGUCAUACUGGAAAUGAUGAUUAUAUUUUAGAAUUUUUCCUGCCCCCCGGCAUCACCAAUAGUGGUGAGCAGCAGUCACUGUUGAGCUCCUUAUUGUCUACAAUGAGGAAGCAUUUCAAGAGUCUUAUGGUUGCUUCUGGGAAAACACUUCAACUGGAGGACAAAUCUAUUGAAUUUAUUGAAGCUGUGCUGAAUGAGAGACUUGAUUCGAGAGUUGACUCUCUUCAAAUACCUACAUAUACAGAAUUAUUGGCUGGACCCCUUUACUUGCCCAACGGAGGAGUGGCCAGGCAGUUAGAUUCAUCAAAGCAGCUGCUGGUGGAUGUCGUUGAUGUAAUUAAUGAUGAAGUCAAUCCUGUUAUGGCAAUUGCAAGUGAGAAUGUUGUUACUUUUCCAGAAAAUAAUGUGAUGAAAAAGAAAUCUGAGAAGAGGCGUGGAAAGGCUGAGAAAUGUAUUAGCCUUGAGGUUCUUCAGCAAUAUUUCGCUGGCAGCCUUAAAGAUGCUGCAAAGAGCCUCGGCGUUUGCCCAACAACAAUGAAACGAAUCUGCAGACAGCAUGGGAUUUCAAGGUGGCCGUCCCGCAAAAUUAGCAAAGUCAACCGCUCUUUAUCAAAGUUGAAGCAUGUCAUCGAAUCUGUUCAUGGUGCUGAAGAAACAUUCAGUAUAAGUGCUUUAGCUACAAGUCCACUUCCUGUUGCUGUUGGUUCUAUUUCUUGGCCUCCCAGCUUGAAAGAGUCCAAUGAGCUAAACCCACCCCAAGCCAAGGCACUUGAAGCACAAGGUGAAGGGAUGAAUCGGUCUCCAUCCAAGUUACCCAGAACUGAUGAGGAGGCUGCAGUGCAAAAUAAAUCUUAUGAGAGGGUGCCUCAGGAGGAGCAACUCUUGAAUGAGCACGGCAGGUCUUCACCAGAAUUUGCUGGAGCACCAAGCAGAUCUAAAUCUAGAAGUGGCUCGAGGGAACAGAGUGCCGGUACACCCACUUCUCAUGGUUCAUGCCAAGGUAGUCCAGCAAAUGAAAGUUUGCCCAUAAAGGAUCAGUCUGGUUCUCCACACAAUGAUCAAUGCAUAAAAAGAGGGGGCUCUCUGGAAGUGAUGUUUAAGUCAACAAAUGCACAGAACUUCUCCGCUGCAUAUUCAAUGCCUGAUGCUCUAGGAGUUACAGAACUUCAAGAACCAUUUGGAGGAAUGCUAAUUGAGGAUACUGGAAGCUCAAAAGAUUUGAGAAAUCUGUGUCCAUCAGUUGCAGAUGCAGUUUUGGAAGAUCGGGUCCCAGAGUUUAGCUGGACGAAUCCCCCAUGUUCUGAUAUGGCUUCCAAACAAGCGGCAACUUUUCUUAGGACAACGCCUCGCACUACACCUAGGCAAGACAUGACGAGCGUGACCAUUAAGGCUACGUACAGAGAAGACAUUAUAAGAUUCAGGAUAUCACUGAGUUCUAGUAUCGUGGAGCUGAGAGAACACGUGGCGAAGAGGUUAAAGUUAGAGGUGGGUACUUUUGACAUCAAAUACCUCGAUGAUGAUCAUGAGUGGGUUUUGGUAGCCUGCGACGCAGACUGGCAAGAAUGCAUGGACUUCUCGCGAUCAUCUGGUUGUAAUAUGAUCAGGCUGUUAGUUCAUGAUGUGAUGGCGAACCUCGGAAGCUCCUGUGAAAGCUCGGGGGAAUGACUUCAGGAAUGUUGAUUUUACUUGCAUGUCGUAAAACUUUCUUUUUGUUAGUGUGGUAGGUUAGAAGCAGACGCAAAGAAAUUGUAUGCAACUUGUAUAAAUUUUUGGAGAAUUUGAGGCAAUUCUUCCUUCGUUGACUCUUAUCAUACGAAAACAGUUGAUUCGAUUUGACCCUUCCGAUAGUAUUGACAUAA